AUGAAAUCAAUAAUUCUUAUAUUAUUUUUCUAUAUAGCUAUAGUUCAAUCGGUGCGGUACUAUACUUUUUUGAAUUUACCCACAGAUUUGGCUAGUACUGUUGCUUUUCGGUGGGAUUCCAUUAUUUGUGGUUUCUAUCCACUUAAUCCUGUAAAUGAUCUUCGUCAAUGGACUAUUCGUAGUGUUCACAAUGCCGAUGGCACUCCCAAUCUUCCAGAGGAUGCUGCCAAUCAUCAUUUCGAUGUACUCUAUGCAUUUUUCGUUUACGAUGCAGCGCACAAUUUCCACAGAUUAGAUUAUAUUGGUCAUUCUAUGAAUAACGAGGGUUUCCACGAUGAGAUUCACGAUAUGUUGACCAACACAGCGAAUCACUACCACGACAGAGCCAUUCAUAAUUCCUUCUACGCCUAUAUUGCCGUCGACCCCUAUAUCUUUAGUGAACUAAACAACGUUGCAGAGGCAUUGACCGAAGAGUUGCACGCCGAAGGUUACUUAAUAGUGAAUGACAUACCAGUUGGAGUUCCACACGCAAUGGAUAACGGUCAACCCGUCGAUUUCUUCCGAACGGCCGAUAUGUUCUUGAAUGACGUCUUGGAAAGUCAUCAUAUGGAUACUCAUCAACACGGUACACCUGAGAUGACCAAGGUUACUGUACUCGCCGAUAAAGAUGGUGAUAUUCAAAAUAUCCAGGCUGCAGCCGGUCCAAGACAUUCGCCCACACCGACUCCCUCUACACCACCACCAGCAGUCCCAGUGAAACCAAGCACUCCAACUCCAAAACCAACCAAAUCUGCACCACCCGAAACUGCCAAACCACAACAAAAACUAUCGCAAAAAGAUAAUGAUGAUCUAGCUAGAAUCUCAAGGAUUAUCGGAAUUACCAUUCCCGUUGGUAUUGUAGCCAAUCAAGCAGCAGCAGUUGGUGGUCUGCUUGCUUAUAAAGAUUACGAAGCCGGCAAAAUAACAUAUCAACUUGCACAAUAUCUUAGACCAUGCUUUGGUAAUCGAGGACUAUACGGUAAACUAAAGAUAAAAUAA